UCCCUCUGGCAGCGCUGUUCACCGGUACGGUACCGUUGACCGUAUCGUACUCACAUGGAAGUUUCAUUGCUGCAGCAAUCCUUUGGAAAGCUUCAAGUCUUGCUGCCUUGUCGUUAUAGGCUCUGAUUUUCUUGUUGUAUAAACAUGGAUGUGCCUUGAAAUGUGCAAUGAGCUCAUCAACUUUCCCAGUGCUCCAAAGAGUCCUUCCGUUGUCUGUUGUAGCCAUCUCUCAGCAUCGGACUAGCAAUACGGGUACGGUAUGACUAGCUAGUCGAGGCCGCGCCGGGGCGGCGGCCCGCCGCAGCCCUUGCCUAUACCAUAUACCGGUAUAUGGUAUACGCAGCUUGCUAGCUCGCGCUCCCGGCCGCGAGGUCGAGGCAGUUCGGCCCAGACGUGACUCGGCCGGGCACGCGCCACACGUGCCUGCUAGCGCCUGAGCGCGGCCCGAAUUGAAAACUUCGCUGCGGUGCACUUGGCUGGAUGACUGUAGUUGCCAGAGGCAGACAGAGAGGAAAUCUUUUCCAGAGGGUUGAUGUCGGGGAUCCCACAGCCAAUAUCUGCACCAAAAAUGAGCUCUCAGUAUGACACUUCACUUACAACAUAUGCAUCAAACUUGUUUGACAUUCAACCCGCGCAUCUUCAGAGUCUGUUACAAGGCUUACAAGCAGUUACUACACUGAUCGACCAGAAUACAAAGGCAACGUCAGAUACGAAGCCAAAGAUGGCUCAAGGGCAGCAUAGUGCAACCUCUUCUACACUAAGUACCCUAGCAGGAUAUAGCACUAGUGGGACUGUGGACAGUAUGUACGGCAGUAAGUCUUAUGGAAGCAAUGCAUAUGAUAGUGAGAUGUAUGGUCAACUUGAUUCAUCCUUUGAGGCAGGUGGUGGUGGAUAUUAUGGCGGUCAAGGUUAUAGCGAAAGCAGCAAUGAAGGCGGAUGGGAGACAUCAGGUCAGAACUACAAUGACGGGUCCAGUUUUCAAGAGGGGUAUGGUGAGACGGGUGGCCAAGGAUAUGAUGACAGCAUUCAAGUAGGUUAUGGGACAAUGGGCAAGGGUUUCAAUAAUCCGGAAAGAGGUCAAGGAGGGAGCAGUCGAGGAGGAAGGGGUCGUGGGCGGGGUGGUAAUGAGUCCAGUGGGAGAGGAGCAGCAAAGCGAAGAAUGCCCCAGGGAAGCUAUGGAGGUGCUGAAGAGUACAGAGAUACAGGUUAUAACGGGAACACAUGGGGAAGAGGCCGAGGGCGUGGAACAGGGGGCCAAGGAUCGGAUAGUUCCAACCGAGGAAGAGGUCGAGGUUCAAAGGGAUUCGGUCGUGGUGAUAAUUCCAGUGGAAGUGGAAGGGGCUCGGCAAAGAGGGGAAUGCCGUUUGGAGGUGGAGGUCAAUUUUCUAAUUCCAGUGCCCGCGGAAGAGGAAGAGGUUCUGAAGGCAGCUCCUGGGGAAGAGGUCGUGGAACGGACGGGAGAGGAAGAGGGUCAGCAAAGAGGGGAAUGCCUCAAGGAGCUGGUGGGUCUGGACCUGCAGCGAAGAAAGCAAAAUGGCAAAACGAUCAGCAGGGGACAACGGGGAGUAACGAACAAAGAUGGGGUGCAGAGCAAGGAUGGUCUCGAGAUCGGGUAUGGAGAGGAAACAACAAAGAACAACGUGGACGUGGCAGGGGUUCCAGAGGCCGUCCAGGAACUGGAGGACCCCCUCAGAAAUUCAAACUUGGCGAAAAUGCCGUAGAAUAUGGAUUUGAUGGGAAACUUGCUGGACCGGAAAGGUUCGCUAAGACCCGUGGACAAUUCAAAGUCUGUGAAAUCUGUAAUAUAACAAUCAACUCCGUCGGAUGUGCCAAUGACCACUAUAAAGGCAAGCCUCACUUGAAGAAACUUGAAGCUCAUAUGAAAAAAGAAGAAUUAAAGAAAACUGUUGAUUUGAGCACUGGGAAGUGCGAGGUAUGUGAUGUCGUAUACACCUCCCCUCAACAAAUUACAUCACAUCUGGCAGGAGGCAGGCACAAAAGGAAUGUUGAAGAAGCCAAAGCUAAAGCUGAGGGAAGAUCGAUUCCAACGGAUGAUGAGAAGAAAGGAGAAGCUGCUGCAGCAGUAGCAUCUGGUGAAAAACAAGAGGUACCUCAUGAAAAGAAACAAGAGGUUGACACAAAGAGUAAGACGGAUGCUCCCGAUGUAGGAGAGAAGGCUUCCUCAAACGAACGUCCUGGACAUGAAAAUGUGAAACCCCCCAGAAAGAGGAGGAAACCCGCCGAUCCAGAUAAAGUACCGGGAGAAAUUAGACUCUUCCAUUGUGACCUGUGCAACAUCAACACCACAUCCCCCGAGCUUCUUGAGGCCCAUUUCCUUGGCAAAAAACACAAGCUGACAGUGCAAAACAUUGAGAGAAGGAACAGAUCGUACACUUCGAAGGCGGACAGUAUGUUUAUGUGUGAGCUAUGUAACAUCAGAGCUACAGACACUUAUACGCUGAAUCUGCAUUUGGUUGGCAAAAAACACAUGAAAAAGAUGGAGCAAAGCAAACCUCGGAAACCGCGGCCAAUGAUGCAGUCAAAAUCACCAUCACAGAAUCAAGCUGAUAAGACACCUUUGAAUCCAGGAGAUGAAGAGCUCUUUGAAACAGAAACGGCGAUGGACACACCAGAUUCGAGUUCUGUAACUAAAGCAGAUGCUGAUAUAAAUUCAUCCAUACAGCAAAGCCUCCAAGAAAGUACAGCGGAACUGCCGCCUCUCCAAUUCUAAAUGGUUCAAGAAACCAGAAAUAUCGGACUUAUCUUAAUGUACUGAUAUACGGAAGCUUUAAAGUGACAUCAUCUUGAUGAGAUGGCGAUAUAUUUUAUCUCGCCACUUCGAUAUAAUGAGACUAUUUAUCUUGCUAUCUCAUCAAGUCAGUGGCACUUUAAAGCUUCCGUAUCGAUUCUAUCCAAUGUAAAGUUUUGUAUGAUAUUUUGGGAUAUUUGUAAGUGCGAUUUUUAUGACAUGAACCUGUUGAAUACAGUGCGACUUCAAAAUAAUUUUGAGGCGGGCUGAUGACAAAAAGAAGCCUAAAUUCAGAAAAGUGAUUUUAUAGAUUGCACAGAAUUGUAAAGAUCACAAGAGCCAAUUCCAGACUUGUUGUUUGGCAGUGAGGAAAACAUAAACCUACAGUUUUUCAGGAUCUUGAUCGUUGGCUUUGCAUAGCCGUAUUUUAAUCAGGUCGCUUGAGUAGAGUAAUAGUGUAUUUCAGAUUGAAAGAGUCUCAGCCUCUUUUAUCUACCUGGAGACAUGUAAAGAAUACAUUACAUGUAUGGCUGCACUGUUGACUCAUUUGUUUGUGAAUGUGAGAAUGUUUUUGUGUAAGUCUAUUAUGUGAGAUGGUAUCUUAAAUAAGUACUCGGUUUAAAGUGUCAAUUCAAGUGGUAGUUUGAUUGGUACACGUAGUUCAGUUAUCAGUCCAGCCACGAUAUUAUCUUUAUAGACAAGUUCCUUUGAUGCAUGUUUCAUAUGGAAAUUCUUUUCAAGGGAAACCAAAUUAUUGGUCCUUCUGUACAGUUGCUUCAGAAUGAUGUAUUUGAUGACAUAUUGGAUUGAAUUCAUGAUGGUAUUUGGUCACAAAUCCAGUUGCAAAGGCUGUAUGAACAUAAAGUCGAGUGAGAAAAAAUAUAUCAAAUUCCGAAGUUCUUUCUAUUCACAAUUAAGAUAUCAUUUUUUAAGGAAAAUGAAAUGUCUUUUAUAUAUUAAGUACACAGUCACAAGGAGGUUGGUUGGGCAGGUUUCAUUUGACAAAUUUUUAGAUCACAUACCAAAAUCAUUAUUCAGCUUACUUGUAAUAUAUUUUAGCAACAUCAUGAAAUACAUGUACGAAAUUUA